AUGUCUUCUGACGACGAUACCACCGUACACGACGAUAUCCCUUGCCCAAGCUACGACAAGCUGCUGGAAGCAGCAAAUACUCUCGCAGAUGCGGAGGACCUGGCAUUGCGCUAUCGUCAAUACAAGUCUUCUCUGGAGCGCAACUGGUUCUACGAGUCAAAGGAAAACGGACUUAAAGCGGUUGUUGACGCCUGUGAGGCAGGGAAGGCAGCCGAAGCGGGCGCCACUUCAGAGGAGUUGAAUGACCCGUAUCACGCUUCCUUUGCGUACAAGACGCUGCGCCUUUUUACACGCUUUGCUCUGCUUUCCAUCAAGAAUUCGAAUGCCCGGGCUGAAUACAUCAGCAGCAUCGCGUCCUAUGCCAAGGGAUAUGCCGCUGCCCUAAGUAACGACGCUAAACUCGCUGCAGAACGUGCUGUCGCGGUUAGAAACGCUGCCCGGCGGGCAUUUCUGGCGAAGACUUCCGCUAGCAACCAGUGGUUCGAUGGCGUGAUGAAGUCCAUUUUUGACAAAGAGGGACCCAACUUUGCGUCCCUUCUCAAUUUCUGUCGUAACCAGCUCUAUCCGGAGAAGACGCUCAAGCAACUGGGCGAAUCCGAGCGGGCCCUCCUAUUCGCCAAGGUCGUCGAGAAUUCGGGGCGGAGCAAUUUCACGCAUGACCUCAUUUUCAAGGCCGAAGGGGCAAUCGGCUGGACGGUGAUCAUCGCGACGCUCGGCCUCCUCGUUUACGAUAUCGUUGAUUCCCAAGCAGACUUCACGUCUAAAGUGGUGGAAGUACUCGGCGAUGGGGCAGAAUUUUUGGGCGUAUGGGUGGGGGCUGCCGCUGCGGAGGCUUUGGCAGCUUCGCUCUUCGGAGAGGCUGCCACGCUUACGAUCAUGCUGUUUGGCCUCGCUGGGGGAAUUAUUGCCGGGUUAGCAGUUGCAGGACUUUUUGAAGCUCUCAAGGCCUUAUUUUCGGAGAUAUUCAAUUCUCAGUCGCAUGCUCUGUGGGAAGAAUACCUCAAGCAGCCAUAUGUGUAUAAGGUGAAGCUUCCCCAGGUGGUCCUCGAUAUCUAG